AUUUAGAACACUAUAUCCAUAUGCUACACUCAGUAGCGUAAUCCUUCAACUACCAGAAAUAUGUCUUUGAACUUUAGGGCUGUAGAACAACAGGAAUUAAAGGACAUCUGCAAACAAUUUACAUCGACUAUAUCCGCCGAGUUUGAUUCUAAUACAUUUGUUUGCGAUUUGGCGGAAACUGAUCUUUUUGCAGAAGAAGGAACAUCUCAAGUAUUUACUUUUCAGAAAAACGUGCUUUUACUCCCGGUUGAUGUUCCUGAGGGAGUAGAAAUUCGUAUUUUAGAGGAAAAUGUGUCCAUUCCCUUGGAAGCUUUUCAGUCAAUACCUAUUUCUGCAGGCGAACAUUGCUUUUUAUCUUGGGAGAAAGUACCUUUAAGACAAAGGAUUAAGACUUUAACUAAAUCCCAGGUGAAUGAAGAACAAGAUGAUGAAGCUAAAUGGACUGGUUUAUUUAUAAAAUUUGGCAUUAACUCCACAAACGCCGAUGAUGACUUUCAAGGGACUACUCCAGAGACUAAAGUUGAACUUUCGGAGGGUCAAAAAUUAAUUAUUCCUUAAUUUUUGCGUUAGAAACUGGAUUUUCUAGUUCGGGACGACUUUUCAAUCUGUGAAGCGUAUACUGCUUUAUUUUGAAAGGUUACAAGCAACUCUUCUUUCUUUAAUUCUAUUUUUCACAGAAAGAAUAUGUUUGAACUCUAUGGACAAGCGUAAAAUACAUUGGUGACUUCACGAGUUUUGGUCACGAUUUGGUAUUUACCUGAAGGGAAAAAAGAAGGUUUUAUAUUGUUUUAACAGAGUUCAAUAAAAUAAAGGAGACGACUUUUCCAAAGGCAUUAUAUCAAGGGCGUACCUUGUAUUUUUUUCAAUGAAUUGCAUUCAUUUGAUGCAAAACUAAUUUUACGAACCAAGUUUUUAUUAUCCGUGACUUAAAAUUGAUUUUUGCCUUAAUAAUAAUGUGGUUUUGUCUUUUUACAGAGCCAUCCUAGGCAAAUCCUGAGAAAUGUAAAGUGUUCAUUUUCAGAGAAUCAAGUUCUAGCAGCUAAUUUAAUCUAAUAUAUUAUAAGAAUCUAAGAAUAACAAAGGAAGAGUAUGUCGAAUAUAGGACUUUAUUACUGACAAGUUUUCGAAUUCGACAUGGAUAUGGACGCUGCUUGUUUUACGCAAGUUAAUAAAGCUUAAAAAUAUAAUUAUUAAAUACAUUUAUUUUAGAAGAUAUAAAAUUGAUACGAAUCAAUCAGUACAA